UAAUGAUUAGUACUGCCGGCUCCCGCCUUCAUGCCACCAUUUUGUUUGGCGAAUUUUGAGCGUUAGGCAGAUAACCUCCAAAGAUAUAAUUUUAAAUGUAAAGCAGUUACAGUAACAUAAAAUUAACUAAAUGAUAAAUUAAUUUCAUUUAUGGUACACUAUUACAGUACAUAAAACAUUUUCAUUAUGGAUGGCCCAAAUCGUGGAUUCCGAGGAGGAGGACGCGGCGGCCCUCGCGGCCGAGGAGGAUUUGAGAUGCGUGGCAGAGGUGGUGGGCCUGGUAUGCGAGGCCGCGGCGGCGGAGGCCUGCCUCCCAGGGGGGGCGGGCCACCCCGCGGGGGCCCACGUGGCUUUCGGGGAGGACCGAUGCGCGGCGGCGGGGCCGAUAGAGGCGGGAGAUUUCCCCCGGGCCCUCAAGGGCCGGGCCCUCAUCCUGUACCUACAAUUGAGUCUCGAGGUCCUCCACAAAGAGGAGGAUUCAACAAUAACAGAGGUGGUCCUGGUGGCAUGAGAGGAAGAGGUGGCCGAGGUAGAGGAGAUUUUGGGCCCCGAAAUGAUAGGGGAGGCCGCGGUGGCAUGCCAAUGAGAGGACGAGGUGGCAGAGGCGGAGGACCACAGACGGGUGGCCCACCUGGACCUCUCGGGCCCCCAGCUCCCAUCAUUGGGCCAAAUGCGCCCCCACGGCCAGCGCCUGCACCACAUCAAGCGGGACCGCCGCCAGGCCCGCAAGGGGCGCCAUUUAAGAGAGGUGGUGGUCCACAUAGUGGCCCUGGAGGGCCACCCAAACGUGGAAGAUUCGAGGGACCAAGGGGCGGACGGCCAGCAAGCUAUCAACCACCUGUGCACAAUGCUCCGCCAGCCAAUGGUUAUGGGCCACCUUCACAUACGGGGUAUCAGCCGUAUGAACAACCGCCGGCAGAUCCUUAUGCGUCACAAGCAUACACAUCAAGUUCAUAUCAAGGUAACUACUCGCAAGCACCAGCACCAACUACAAACUACAACACUAGCAGCGGCUAUGCUGCCAAUUACGGGUACUCCAGUGGGGGCCAAGGUUAUGAAAAUGAAAGCUAUGGCAAUGGCGCCGGUGACGCAGGCUAUGGCGCCGGAGAGCCGGCGUACGGCGCCGCACCAGCCUAUGAUACGUACUCACAACCCGCUUACAACUCCUACCAACAGCCUCAGGCGCAGUACAACAACUAUGGCAGUUGGUGAUCUCUUUGAGUCGAAAAACUAGGAACAUCUGUACUCAACUUUAAUAAUAAAUAGCUGGAUCAAUUGAUAUGAAGCAUUAAUGGAUGCAUAAUGGUUUCACUUAUUAUAUCAUAAUAGGGAAUAUAUUAUUAUAUAACAUGAUCAGUGUAACGUUUUGUUUGAAUGGUUAUGAAUUUGACUCUAGAAAAUUAAUGACGACGUGACUAAAAUAUGAUGAAAUAACAUAAGAAAGGAGCGAUUUGUUUUACUUUAUCGAUGAACCAUGUUUCAUAUAAGUCACAAUGGAAUGAAUGAGAUUUCCCGAUACAUUUUGUAUUAACACCGAUUAGUUGUAUUUAAUGGUACGUAAAAAAGGUACCAUGUUUAGAAAUAAGAAACUUAAUUUAAUAAAAUUUAAUGCCACAA